AUGGAACCUCAAUUGGUUGUCUUGAGAGGACUUGGGGCAUAUCUAGAUCUGGGACACAAAGAUGACUUCAAGACGUCCUAUGACAACCUUUUAGGCAUCCUGAACACCGAAGUCAACAUCACUGAUGUGCACACUCUAGUGCAAUUCUACGAUCCUCCGCUAAGAUGCUUUACAUUCCAAGAUUACCAGUUGGCACCUACAUUGGAAGAGUAUUCACAUAUUAUAGGUAUUAGGAUCAAGAACAAAGUGCCUUAUGUUCGCACUAAGGAACUUCCCAAAUAUAAAGACCUUGCUGAAGCUCUCCACAUAUGGAGGAAGGAAGUGGAAUUGAACUUGAAACCUAAGGGUGGAAUUCAUGGCUUCACCUCAAAGUUUCUAGUUGACAAAGCUAUUGCCUUCGCCGAAGCUGGGAGUUGGACGACCUUCAACACCAAUCUAGCUCUACUAAUCUAUGGGAUCGUAUUGUUUCUAAAUAUGGAAGAAUUCGUAGAUUUGGCUGCUAUUCACAUCUUCCUAACUCAGAAUCCUAUUCCUAUUCUUCUUGCUGAUACUUACUACUCCAUCCAUGUGAGGACCCAAAAGAAGAAGGGAACCAUUGUUUGCUGUACCCCUUUGCUGUAUAGAUGGUUUAUUUCGCAUCUACCCAGUAAAGGCUCUUUUAUUGAGAACAAAGAUAACCUAAAAUGGUCCCAGCGGAUCAUGUCUUUGAACGCCGAAGACAUCUCUUGGUAUUCUCGAAUCUACAACAUUAUCAAGCUUAUCCUCAACUGUGGUGAUUUACCUAAUGUACCUCUUCUUGGUACAAAAGGGGGAAUAAACUAUAAUCCGAGGUUAGCACUAUAA